AUGAUUGUUGAUAGAUUUUGGGCCGAACUUUUUCGGCUCUCCGUGGACCGAACGCAAUGGGACAUCCUGCAUCCAUCGUUGCUUUCCAUCACAGUUCUCGAAGUUCCGUCUCGAAAGAGUGGCACCAAUGGCAAAGCUAUUCAGUUCAUUGCGAAAAGUGAAACCAGAAUCGUUAGCGAACAAAUACUGGAAACAUGUAAGACGUGGAAUCAUUUGUUUCUUGCAUACAAAUGGCAUCAGCGUGAACCACUACUACCGGAACCUUAG